AUGCCCCAAAGAAGUGCUAAAGAAUCAAAGCUGUCUCAGCAGUCCGUGAGCAGCGACGAUGCAGGGCUGAUGGCAGUAGUUGCGCAAGAGAUGCAAACUUCAUGGGAGAAGAAGCGGAAGGAGAAAGAGGGACGUUUCCUCCAGUUAGCAAAGAACGAGCUGGAAUCGCGCAUCUCUGCAACUACAGACGAGUUAGCGAGUACCGUUGCGGAGAUAAAUGGCAUAUACGAGAAGUUCGUGUUAGAAUACGCUUCAAUUGAUGACGAUAUUCGUCGGAUUUGGGUUGAGUUGCUCAGGGAACAGCAGAGGCUGCUCGUCCUCGCACAACAGAAGCACAAAUUUAUGGCCGAGAGAGACAAGGAAAGAGAGAAGGGUCAGGUGCAGGGGAUGGCCAUCGCAAAGAGAGCGAUGGAAGACUUCAAUCGUCUCAUAUCGUCCCUUCAAUCCGAGAAAGUUUGA